CUGUCUGAAGAUGGUGAACGACUGGCUGGAGUCAGAUGGACCCUCCUCAGACCUUUACGUCCUCCGAGCUCGACUGCAUAAACAUCUCAACCAGACGUCGCCGUGUUAUCAGGAUGUGAAGUCGGCCUUGGAGUUGAACCCGUCAUGUCCAAAGGCUGGAGCCUUGCUUCAGCAGCUGCAGGAAGCCAGUGAACAGGCCAGGAAGAAGGCUGCAGAAAGACUUUUGAGUGGUCAGCUACCUGAAGCUCUACAAAUGAUCAACAUCGCAUUGGAGAGCAGCCCAGAGAACCCACGUCUCUACCUGUUCAGAGGGACUCUGUACCGACUUCUACAAGACUUCACAGCAGCUAUCGAGGAUCUGGUCCAGGCCAUGGAGCAAAAAGAGGAUGACAUGGCUGAGGAGGAGAGAGAAGUCAGAGACAGUAGUGAUGGGCACAGCUCUCUGCAGGACGAGGUUCAGUCCCAGCUGGUUCUCACCUACAAUGAUUUCGCCGUACAGUGCUUCACCAAAGGCCUUUACGCCGAGGCCACGCUGCUGCUCAACAAGGCCAUCGAGGAGGAGAAGGAUCAGGCCUUUCUGUACCUGCACCGAGGAGAUUGUUUCUUCAAGCAAGGUGAGUGGAGUUUUGCUCUUCUGGACUACAAGCAGGCUGAGGAGAUGAUGCAGCCCGAUGACGCUGCUGUCCGGCUCCGCCUCGCCGUCACGUUCAACACGCUGGGCUCUUUUUGCUUUGAGGACGGCUGUUUCCAGGAGGCAUCUGAGAUGUUUUCUUUGGCCAUCAAGUACAAUCCCUCAGCCGGUCGGUACUAUGAGAGCAGAUCGAAGGCGUAUCGAAAGGUUCUGAACUUUGAGGAAGCCAGGAAGGAUCUCAUCCGUCUGCUGGUCCUGGAUCCGACCAACGAGGAGCUUCCUCCGCUGCUGAUGAGUCUGUUCCCUGGUCACAGUGAGUCUGAGGUUUUGUCGAGUCCAGCAGCACAUGCGGUCAAAGAUCAGCUGAUGGAAACCAUCCAGGCCUGCAGUUCGUCCUCUGACCAGCAGGGGUCAGUAAAAUAAAAGCUUUACUCUGAAUGUAGAUCAACUGAAGGACAGAUGGACGACAACAUGUCUCAAAAAUCCUCCUUACCCGGCAGAUCUUAACUACAAGUUAGCAGAAAGUUCUAGGAGAGCAGCCACCUGUAAGUGUUUCACUAGCUCACUAUGUUUAUUUAUUUAUUCAAUGUUGUUUUUGUUAUGCUGUCCAAUAGAUGGCAGCAGAGAAUCAGUCUAAAUAUCAUACUAUCUUACAA